GUUGGGGCCGAGGGGACGGCAGAGAGGCGCUUGAAGCGGCGGGAGUGGAGCGGGAGCGGGUUGGACCUGGGCUGGUAGGAGCCCCGCCCCUCCCGCCUCAGCGGAUCAUGACCCGGGCAGCGGCCGUGGAGGUCGCGGUGGCGGGGGACGUGGCGUGGCAGGGCCGGCGCUAGAGAUGAUGCCGUUUCCGGUGACAACCCCGGGAUCACAACAGACGCCGCCGCCGCCGCCCAAGUGCUAUGGCAUCUCCUCCCCCAUCAGCUUAGCAGCCCCCAAGGAGACUGACUGCGUGCUUACCCAGAAGUUAAUUGAAACCCUGAAGCCCUUUGGGGUUUUUGAAGAGGAAGAGGAACUGCAGUGCAGGAUUUUAAUUUUGGAAAAAUUAAAUAAUCUGGUAAAGGAGUGGAUACGAGAAAUCAGUGAAAGCAAGAGCCUUCCACAAGCUGUAAUUGAAAAUGUUGGUGGGAAAAUCUUUACGUUUGGCUCUUACAGAUUAGGAGUACAUACGAAGGGUGCUGACAUUGAUGCGUUGUGCGUUGCGCCGAGACAUGUUGAUCGAAGCGACUUUUUCACCUCAUUCUAUGACAAAUUGAAACUACAUGAAGAAGUAAAAGAUUUAAGGGCUGUUGAGGAGGCAUUCGUACCAGUUAUUAAACUGUGUUUUGAUGGUAUAGAGAUUGAUAUUUUGUUUGCAAGAUUGGCACUGCAGACUAUUCCAGAAGAUUUGGACCUAAGAGAUGACAGUCUGCUUAAAAACUUAGAUAUUAGAUGCAUAAGAAGCCUAAACGGUUGCCGGGUGACAGAUGAAAUUUUACAUCUAGUCCCAAACAUUGACAACUUCAGGUUAACUCUGAGAGCCAUCAAACUGUGGGCCAAAUGCCACAAUAUCUAUUCCAAUAUAUUAGGCUUCCUAGGAGGUGUUUCCUGGGCCAUGCUAGUAGCAAGAACUUGCCAGCUCUACCCAAAUGCAAUAGCGUCAACUCUUGUACGUAAGUUUUUCUUGGUAUUUUCUGAAUGGGAAUGGCCAAAUCCCGUGCUACUGAAAGAGCCUGAAGAGCGGAAUCUUAAUUUGCCUGUAUGGGACCCAAGAGUAAAUCCCAGUGAUAGGUACCAUCUUAUGCCCAUAAUCACACCAGUGUACCCACAGCAGAACUCCACAUACAACGUGUCUGUUUCAACAAGGAUGGUCAUGAUGGAGGAGUUUAAACAAGGGCUUGCUAUCACACAUGAAAUUUUGCUGAGUAAGGCAGAGUGGUCCAAGCUUUUUGAAGCUCCAAGCUUCUUUCAAAAGUACAAGCAUUAUAUUGUACUUCUAGCAAGCGCGCCAACAGAAAAACAGCAUCUAGAAUGGGUGGGCUUGGUGGAAUCAAAAAUCCGAAUUCUAGUUGGAAGCUUGGAGAAGAAUGAAUUUAUUACUCUGGCGCAUGUGAAUCCUCAGUCAUUUCCGGCACCUAAAGAAAAUCCUGACAAGGAAGAAUUUCGUACGAUGUGGGUGAUAGGGUUAGUGUUAAAAAAGCCAGAAAACUCUGACGUUCUCAGUAUUGAUCUCACCUAUGAUAUCCAGUCUUUCACAGAUACAGUUUAUAGGCAAGCAAUAAAUAGCAAGAUGUUUGAGAUGGAUAUGAAAAUUGCUGCAAUGCAUUUAAGAAGAAAGGAACUUCACCAACUACUGCCUAAUCAUGUGCUUCAGAAACGGAAAACACAUUCAACGGAAGGUGUCACUUUAACAUCUUUGAGUGACAGCAGCCUUGACUUGUCGGCAGACAGGGAAGACAGCACGUCUGUGCCUUCACCUACUAGCACUGUGAAGCCUGGCCCAGUGACCGGCAGCUCUCAGGGCAGAAAUAGUCCUUCUCCUGCUGUAACGGCAGCAUCUGUGACUGCCGUACAAAUUACUGAAGUUUGCCUGCAACAAGUGAAUCCCGGUGAAAGCUUAGGGGGUGCAUCGAGCGAAAGCAUUCCUCAGACUGCCUCACAGCCAGCCCUUCUUCCACCACCGAAGGCCACAGUUGCCAGAGUUGUUUCUUCAACAUGUCUGGUAAACCAUCCACCCAGGCCUUCAGGGAGCACUGCGACGAACAUAGCUAAUCCUGUAGUGGGAGUCUAGCAGACAUUCUCACCGCGUAAAGGACCAAGGAAACUAGAAGAAGAGGAGCAAUCUCAUAAAGAGAAAAGUACAACUCCAUUAGAAACUAUUCAGAUGGUGGCUGGCCUUGUGGCAAACAUCCAGUACAGAACUUACUAAUAUCCCAGCUCUGCCUGCAAAUCCUGUUCCUCUUACCAAGAAUGCAGUAAGACAGACUGAACUGAUAAAAAACAGCCUCAAGAGUCCAUAAACUAUAUCUGCCAACUCACCCUGUUGUCUUCAAAUGCUAAAGGAGGAGAAUGAAGGGUACCAAACUAGAUUUGGCUCAAACUAGAUUUAGCCUUAUUUGGUAACUUCCCUUACUUGGUUAAUCUUGAUCAGAAGUCCAGGUUACUAUAUGAUGCUAGAAGUACUAUUAUAAAUGCGUCAGCAGCAGUUAUAGUAACUAUUUUAAAGGACUACUGCCCAUAAAGAGAAAAACAAGAGAAAAAACCCUCCAGCUAUAUUUGUACCCAUGCCUGACAUCUGGACUGGAUUUAUGUUUGAUGCAUUGUUGGGGAAAAUUUGCAAUACAAACUGGUAUCAGAA